CAACACCCCCACUGCUUUUAGCCCUACGUAGAUCCAGAGACAAACAGCACAAUGCCCCUCUGGCCCCGCAUCCAAUUCCACGAAAUCGGCGACCAAUCCUGGUGUCCAGCCUGGCUUCACCAACACGAGCAGUUCACCCUCACCCAGCUCUGGAACCUCCGAAUUCCCUUCUGGAGCCGCGGCAGCCUCGCGACGCAAGCCUGCGGCGUCUUACACGAGCAUUUGUCUAAUCUCUCCUCCUACAGUAUCAUCGACUUCUGCGCCGGCGCCGGCGGGCCUACUCCCGUUCUGGAGCGAGAACUCAACCAACCCCUCGAAAAAGCUGGCUACGCGCCCGUGCAAUUCCUACUGACGGAUCUAUACCCCCAUCUGGAGGCGUGGCAGCGCAUCACCAAGAAGCAACCGAAUAUCUCCUACGUUGCUGACCCGGUCGACGCGCGCCUCGCCCCGCGAUACGCCGACAAAGAUCGCAAGGAGUGCCGGGUGUUCAACAUCUGCUUUCAUCAUUUUGCUGAUGAGGAUGCGAGAGGUAUUCUGAGGAGUGCGGUGCAGGAGGGAGAUGCGUUUGUGAUCUUUGAAAUCACCUCCCGGGAUGCCUGGACCUUUCUCUGUUCUCCGCUAGUGUUCUUCUUCAACUUGCUGGUGACCCUGCAGGAGUAUUGGUGGUCGCCUCUGCAUCUGUUCUUCACGUACGUGGUACCGGUGACUUCGUUGUCUCUCUGGCUCGACGGGUUGAUUUCGUGUCUGAGGACAAGAACGCCAGCGGAGGUAUCGGUACUGCUGCAACAGGAUGGGCUGGAAGUUGGAGGGUGGAAGUUUGCCAGUGGGCAGCGGACGGUGCAGUGGCCGUUUAUCACGCUGCAUUAUUACGCUGGCAGAAACUGGGCUAAAGGCUCUAACAUGGUGAAUGAGAUGUGGAGUGGGGAACGAGAAAUGACAUACGCAGUUCGUUUGUUAUGCAGUAUGCAAUUAAUAAUUAUAGGCGCCGGCCUGGCCGGCCUCACCACGUCCAUCACCCUCGCCCACCAAAAGUCUGAUUUCCGCAUCCUCAUCCUGGAAAAAUCCCCCUCCAUCUCCUCCUUCGGCGCGGGCAUCCAAAUCCCGCCGAACGGGACGCGGAUCAUGCAGUCCCUCAACCUCCUCCCGCAGCUUUUCGGAGCUGGUGCAGCAAAGACCCUCCAGCAUGUGGAUCUUCGGCGCUACGACGAUGGCCAGCUGCUCCGGCGCAUGCCGUUCGGAGAGGCUGUUGAGCGGGAGUAUGCGGCGCCGUGGUUGGUGGUUCAUCGGGGGGAUUAUCAUCGGGUGCUGUAUGACGAGGCGAUUAGACUCGGGGUGGAGGUUCGAUUUGGGGUUGUUGUUCAGGGGGUUGCCUUGCUGGGUAAGGAGGGUUCUGAGGGGCUGGAGGUGCAGGUUUGUGGGGGGGAGGGGGUGAGAGGGGAUGUGGUUCUUGGUGCUGAUGGACUCUGGUCGCAGGUGCGUGACUGGGUGAUCGGAGGCUACACGCCCCAGGAAACCGGGGAUUUAGCGUAUCGAGCGGUCAUCCCCAAGGAGGAGCUGGACGCACUCCACAGUGAGGAUGUAGAUGAGCUGUGUCGUCGGGUGGCGGUCACCAGCUACAUUGGCCCACAGAAGCAUACCAUCUUCUACCCGGUGCGGGGCGGCAGGGAAUACAAUCUGGUGCUGUUGCGGCCGGAUGAUCUGCCGCCGGGGAAGCGGAGGGAGGAGGCAGGAGUGCAGGAGAUGAGGGAGAGUUAUGCGGGUUGGGAUCCCACACUCGAGAAGCUCCUCUCGCGAGUCUCCUCUGUCUCCAAGUGGAAAUUAACCCAACUCCCUGAACUCCCAACAUGGACAAAGGGCCCGAUCGCUCUCCUGGGCGACGCCUGCCACCCCACCCUGCCGUACCAAGCGCAAGGGGCGGCGAUGGCAGUCGAGGAUGGCGCCGUGAUCGGCAGACUCCUCGGGCUGCUGCAGGCGCAUCUAACAAAGUCUCGAUCAGAAGGCAGAGAGCUGUCUACCUCGGACAGCAUCGCCUCAAUCCUAAAGUUGUACGAAAAUCUCCGGAAAGCACGUACCACGCGGAAUGUGCGUGCGGCGCGCAUGAACCGGUCUGUAUUCCACCUUCCAGACGGGAUUCUGCAAAUGAUUCGGGACUUUUUCCUGGGGUUUAUGGGUGUCACGAGGGAGAGUGACUGGACUGGGUUCUUGUCGUGGAGAAUGAGGCAGACGAUGGGGUUGGAUGUGAUUCGGGACUGUGAAAGGGCGUUCGAGGAGUGGGUUCGUCAAUCGGGUGAAACAAGGUUUAGCAAGUUCCGAGUCCGAUUUGGAGAUGAAUCCUGGGUUAGAUAAGUUGUAUAGGUCAUCAAAUCUACGACAGCAACUCCCCCAGAAGCCACGAGACACAGAUUGCGGAGAAAAGCGUGUUGCAAUGCGGCGAGAGUCUUGCAUCCUACACGGCCUCCUACCCAAGCAAUUGAGUACCGAGCUAUACUCAUUGCUGUCCGUUGAAAGCGUCAAUCCAUUCGCUUAAAGCACUGGAAAGUGUGCAACAUGUCAAGCACAAGCCAUAUUCUAGCUGCCGCUUGCAUUAUAAUCCUUUACCCUCUACGGUGGCGAAACAGUUGGAAAAUGG